AUGAAACGUCACUUCACAGACCAUAAGGGAGAACAAUCACCAACAGAAAGGGCCACCCUCAGCUUGGUCAGCCCAGAGUCCAUGGAAGAGAGCGUGGAAGUAUGCUGGUCAGGGGCUGUAAAGAAAGAGGAGACCUCUCUGUGGCCAGGACCGGCCAUUCUCCAUGAGGAGGACAUCUACUUGGCCAGCAGGGCUCAGGUGAUGCUGAGCUGGAGCAGCUCUCCAUCCUCCCAGUCCUCCUCCGAGUACCAGUCCUACUCCCAGUACCAGUCCUGCUACUCCUGCACAUACGACGAUGAGGACACGGCCCAGCAGAGCAUGUGUGCCUUCUACACCCACGUGCAGACGGUGCAGGCAGUGGCCGUGGCCUGGGAGACUGAGACAGGCUUCAAGCCCAUCAGCAGGAAGCCCCGCAUUCGUGAAGCCGAGUUCAUCAAGAGGCAGAGGAGGAAAGGCUCCUCAUUUGAGAUGGCUUCCAAGCUGCACUGGGAACUAGAAGCCAGCAAGAACAACUGCUGCCCAGAGCAGGAUGACACGGAGCUGCUGGGCACCCUGGAGUGCUGCCUGCAGAAGCUGCGGGACACUCCGGACUGGCUAGUCACUACAAACUACGGGCUGCGCUGUGUGGCCUGCUGUCGGGUCUUCCCCACAUUGGAGGCGCUGCUCAAGCACGCCCAUUAUGGCAUCCAAGAGGGCUUUAGCUGCCAGAUCUUUUUUGAGGAGAUGCUGGAGAGAAGGCAGGCCCGGGGCCAAGUGCAGGAGCUGGACAAGGAGGAACAGAGCCCUGCAGAAGGCAGUGAAUGCUCAAGGUCCCAUGCUGGGGUGCUUCCCUCGCAGUGGCAGAAGCAGUGA